CAAUGACUAAUUUUAAUAGAUAAUUAUAUAUGAUAAAUUUUUUUUUUUAUAACUUUAGAUCUGACUCAUAGAUAAAAGAUUUUGACUGGACUAGGGUUAAAAAAAAAUAUUGGUUAUUCAUUUUGUUGUUAUCCCGUGUUGUUAUCCCAGUGACUAAAGAAUUUGACGUCGGUUUGGAAAAUACUGUAAAAGAUGGCACUAAAUCCCAGUUCAAAUAUAUUGAAAUCGCUAUGUGGAUUUUGUCAUCCCUUUAAAAUUUUGUCAGCUUCGUACCAUCCUAAAGUAAUAGAUCAUUAUGAAAAUCCACGCAAUGUUGGAUCUCUGGAUAAGGAUGAUAAAAGAGUCGGUACUGGGUUAGUAGGGGCACCAGCAUGUGGUGAUGUAAUGAAACUACAGAUUAAAGUUGAUGAGAGUGGCAAAAUUGUUGAUGCAAAAUUCAAAACAUUUGGAUGUGGUUCUGCUAUUGCUAGUAGCUCCUACACUACCGAAUGGGUAAAGGGAAAAACUGUUGAUGAAGCUUUGAAAUUGAGAAACACUGAGAUUGCAAAAGAAUUGUCAUUGCCACCCGUGAAAUUGCAUUGUUCAAUGCUUGCUGAAGAUGCUAUUAAAGCAGCUUUAUCAGACUACCGCAUUAAGCAGAAAAAAGAAGAAACAUCUUAAUUUGUACUGUGUAAAUUAAGAAACCAGUGGGUACAUAUUGUAUAGUUAGAUUUCAACCUUUAUAGCCCAGGCUAAGUAAAUAAUAAUGUCAAUGUUAAAGUAGACCAUUAGAAAUAAGAUUAGACAAAUUUUAAUAUUAAUUAAUACCAUAAACUAGGGUUGAAAUGUAACUAUUGUGUAUAGUAAUUAUUUACAUCUAAACCAUAAAAUAAAUAAAAUUUCAGGGAUACACAUUUAUAUUGGUUGGGUGUAAAUAAAACAUAAGAUGUGAUAUUGAAAUAUAUAUGUAGUUGGAUUAAAAUAUACAAAUAUACUAGCAGUUAAAAUUAAAAA